AUGGCAAUCGUCUAUCGGCUUCUCUAUCGCGAACCAUCGGACCUCCCGCUCGUCGGUACGACCUGCGCCGGGUGCGUGAUGGCCGGGCUGCUGGUCGUCCGGGCCUGUACGGAGGGGUAUAUCGAGGAGGCGGAGAGGGUUGGGAAAUGGGAGUGGCUGUUCCCUGGUUCUGAGCCUGGUGUCCAUGGGCGUCUGGACAGUGGCGUUGAGGGGAAAGAUGGGGAUAGCGCGGAGGAGCAAGUGGUUCUGGUAACAAAGUUCGGGGAAAGGAUUAUUGGGACAGUGGUGCUGCGUGCUGCCGCUGCUGGGCCUGCUGGGAAGGCCAAAGGGGUGAUUCGGGCAUGGACCGUCGAGAGACGGUAUCGCGGGAAGGGGGUGGGUGUCGGACUGCUGGAGGAAGCGGUGACUGUGUGUAAGAAGAAGCGAUGGGAGGGCCCUGAGUUUGAUGAGAAGCAUGCGAAUUCGAGGAGGGUGUUGCCUGCAUUCUUUCACGAGGUUGAGGAGAGGGAGCGGUGGGCGAAGGAGCUGUUGAAGAGAGUGUUGAGGCAUUGA